AUGAGGGGCCUCCUAGUGAAGCCCUUGCGUACACCAGACCUGCAGCGCAAGCGGCAGCAGCAGCAGCAGCAACAACAACAGCAGCAGCAGCAGGGUCGAACUCUGAGCUUGAAGCAGCAGAUCGAGCAGCAGCAUCAGCAGCAACUUAUCCCUUGGAGCAGCAGUCAGCCUCUCAGCGCUUCUCUGAAUCGCGGCUUCAACUCCACACCCGGAAGCAGCAACAGCAGCAACAGCAACAGCAACAGCAGCAACAGCAAUAACAACGCGAGGCCCUUUCAAGGGGGAUUGAUCUCCUCCCCCUCCCCCUCGAAUGCGGGGCCCCCUCCCGACUGCGUGCCUUUUGAAGACGUGGCGCAGCAGCUUCUGCAGAGAGGUGGUGCGGUUCGACGAUUGCGUUUCGGAGGUCUGAGAUCUUCUCGCGGUUUAUUUGUUGGGAAAUUUCCAGAGAGUUUGAAGGCGUGGAAGCUGCCGCUUUCUAUUACUAGGGAUUUGCCUGCACUACCAGAAACAGCAGAGCCGCAUGUCGUCGCUGCAGCAGCAGCAGCAGCACCGUGGCGUCUCCGGGACUCAUCCGAUGUGCUGCAGCCCGAACAGCAGCAGCAAGAAGAGCAGCAACAGCAGCAGCAGCAGCAGCAGCAGCAGCAGCAACAACAACAACAGCAGUCUCCUCCCCCCACCCCGGCGCGGCGGCCGCAGCAGAAGACAUUUAUAUCUCGGAAGAACGACGUGGAUGCCUCUUGCUUCUUUCUGCUAGUUGAAAACCAGGGCUCUCUGGAUUUGCUGCCUGUCUCCGAGUGGCUAACAUUUGAACGCGCUGCUGCAGUGCAGCAAUCCACUCCAGAAGAGUUAGAGUCGAGGUCUCGCGCGCAAGCCUCUCUAGAUGCAAUGCUUACGCGUCGUGCUGUGGGGCUGCGGCGAGGCAGCGACAGCGAAGAUGACAGCAAGAGGCCCAAAGCAGCAGCAGCAGCAGCAGCGGGAGUACUUGAAGAUGAACUCGGGCUUGAAAGACAGAAAAAGAAGAGACUAAAGAGUUUCCUCAAAGACAAAAGAGGUGGAAAGGGAGCGGCCAACGAAUACAUCGACUCCGCUUUGAGCAUUGGGAAUCUGCGGCAGGAGGCGGUGAGCUGGGACUUCGAAGACGGAGAGCGGAGCGAUGAUGAGGGUGGAGAAGCGCCGCAAGAAGCAAAAGAAAAUGCUGCUGCUGAAGCAGUUGAAGCAGACCCUGUAGAAGAAGAAACUGAUGAAGACCCAGAAGACCCUCUCACCUCCUUUGGACAGAAAAUGAAGAAUUUGUUGGAGAAGGCGAGGGAUGAAGAGGCGGACGCAGAGCUGCACCAGUAUGACUCGGAAGACGACGACGAAGAGGGCGCUGAGGAGAAAGCACAAGACGGGCAGACAGGGGGCCCUGGGGCCCCUGGGGCCCUCUCUUCAGACUCCCGAAUGGCUGCUGCUGCAGUGUCGAGGGGCCCCCAGGGGGGUGGGCCCCAGCAGCAAGAAGCAGCAGCAGGCAGCGCGCAGCAGCAAAUAGAGACGCAGGAAACGCUGGAGGCAAAGGUGGUUCGUGUUAUGCAGCAGCACAUGGGAAGAAUGGCGGUGAAGGACUUCAUGAGCGCAUUUAAAGUCAAGGAGAAGAACGACGACUUCAAGCGUAUUCAAGCGGUGGUGCACAAAGUCUGCAAGAUGGAGGCGACGGAAGACAAACAAAAAUUUAUUAUUCUCAAGCCCGAGUUCAGAUUAUAA